CAACCUUCGAUGGACCUGCACGAAACGAUAGUUUUGACAAGGAUCAAACGUUUAGCGAGCCAACCGGAACAAAACGACUGACAUCGAACGAAUGACAAUGACGGCAUUAAAUCAUCAUAAACGGCGAAACGUCGGCUCUUAAUUGAACGCUGAAGUCCUGAGCGCGAAAUGGAAUCGGCAUAGCACGGCGGUCAAGUCGCGACGUUCAUGCCGAUGAGUCGAGAUGGAGUUGGAGAGUCUAGCCAUCACCAGAGUCUACUACUAGAGCUGAUCGAGAGAAGCGAGAACGAACGAGAAUACUCGAAUGCAGCCGAAGCGGCAUCGUGCUCCAGAAGGAGCUGCUGCUGCUGUUGCUGCUCUGCUGCUGCCUGCCGUUGCUGCACCCCCAGUCCCCACAAUCCCCUCAGUUGUGAUUCGAUCGUCACGGAAACUGGAUUAAGUGUUUUCGGUCGGGAGUUGUUUUCUACAAUUGAUUUUCUUUUUACAUUGUCGUGUCGGUCGUAGGUAGUCGCUUCGAUGUCUCGUCUUUCGAUGCUCGAGGCGAUUUCGAAAUCCUGCGGUGCUUUUAUGGAAAAUGGAGGCGACUACGAUGAAAAGAGGAGAAGGUGAUCGGUGUAGGAAGAGCCGCCGAGGAACGACGCGUACCCGUACCAGCUCGACGGUUGGUCGCGAAGCACCGAUCGAUUUUCAAAGAAACAACGCUGGUCGAAGAUACGAAAUCGUACAAUCGGCAAUUUUUAGACGUUAGGAACCCCUAAUACACACGCAGCAGCCGAAACAAAUGGAUACCUAAUACGAAACGACGACGCCGCCGCAUCGUCGCGAGUUUAGUGCUUAGAGUUAUGGUCGAUUCGAUCAGUGGCAAUGAGAAUGAGGACGCGCAGCCUGGAUCGAUCAAGGAAUUAGAAUAGUUGCCUGGUUUCCUCUUUCACCCUCUUCCUACCUCUCACCCCAUUUGUCAAAACGGAAAAAAGAACGAAAGUGUACCAGGUACGCGCGUGUACACGUAUAUGGAACGGAACGUGACGUUCGGUAGACCCAGUGAAAUCCAAUGAUAUCCAGUGUACCACUGCGUUUCUCUCUCGUCCCCUUCGUUUUCUCUUACUCACUGUCUGUGUUUUUACAUGUUACGCGUAAUUCGUGUUCGCGAACAUACGCGUGUGCAUUCGAUAUUGUCGCUGGAUAUACGCGCAGCUGUACGCACGCCCGCAUGUCUACGUGUGUGUGUACGUCGCCGAUGUCAGAAGUUCAUCGUAUGAAAGCGAUCGCCGUCGGCUUUGUUCGAUAAGAAAAAUGAAGCUAGACGCAUAGGUGUGUACGUAGUGGUGUGAGACUGGUAGUGCGGUGAUCGAUCGACGACGAGUUUUGCCGCUUCGAUGUUUUCACGUGCGCUGGAUUCAUAAUUCGAAUUCGAGGAUAAUCGAAUAAACCCGUGUACGUAGGUACAUAAGUGCGUGGUGCGAAAAGUACACGGUCGUUACCGGUAAUAACGCGUGUGCGUGGAUGUCGAUAUUGGAAUAACGUGAGUGCGUGGGUUUUACGUAUUUGUACGUCCGUUCGUACGUACGUACGUACUUGUGGUAACAUGUAACGACAUGGAAAUGAGGCGCUGGCGCGAGUGUCACGGCAAAAGAUACGCCUCUCGCUCUCGCUUCGAAAGCUGCUACUCUCCGUGCGGGUGCGAGUGUUCCGAUUCGAAACUCGGCCGGAGGAUCCACUCGCCCUCGCAUUCGCGGGUGACCGCGUUCACCGUUUGCGUUUACGAUUCAACUUCGUCGAAGGGCAACGCGCGUUUCCUGCAAAACUUUUAUUCCAUUCGUCCGCCCGUUGUAUUCGAUUUCGCUCGUUUCCGCUGAUCGACAUGCGCUGAGAUCGAGCUACGCGAUCACCGCGAAAGGGCCUCGUUCGCGAUUUACGAUCCCACCCCGACCGAUUCGAAAUCUUUGGCCAUCGAGAAGAAAAAUGCGCAACGAGUGGCUAAGGAACUUGUUCGCGAUAACAAUCUUCGCCCUUAUGGUACACGGGCAAUUGAGAUCACCGCGCAUAACGGAACAUCCUUCGGACAUAAUCGUGGCCAAGAACGAGCCGGUAACGUUGAAUUGCAAGGCGGAAGGCAAACCUCAGCCCGUGAUCGAAUGGUACAAAGACGGCGAACUGGUUCAAACGUCACCGGGUGACGCGAAAUCUCAUCGCGUUCUUCUUCCCACCGGUUCCCUCUUUUUCCUGAGAGUAAUGCAUGGAAAGAAAGAGCAGGAUGGAGGAGUUUAUUGGUGCGUCGCGAAAAACGAAGCAGGCUCCGUUCCAAGUCGAAACGCAACCCUGACCGUAGCAGUGCUGAGGGACGAAUUUCGAGCAGAACCACAAAAUACAAGAGUCGCAGCCGGAGAGACCGCUUUGCUGGAGUGUGGACCACCCAGGGGCCAUCCGGAGCCCACGUUGCACUGGAGGAAGAAUGGACACCCGAUUGAUUUGGAUGGUUCUAAACGUAUCACUUUGGUGGAUGGAGGAAAUUUGAUGAUUUCGGAUGUCCGGCAAACGGACCAGGGAAAGUAUCAAUGCUUCGCCGAGAAUAUGGUUGGCGUGAAAGAGUCUGCAGUUGCAACGCUUACAGUUCACGUGAAACCGUUCUUUCUGUCGACUCCCGCGAACCAAACCGUCCUGUCGGAGCAAACGGCCGAAUUUGCGUGCCGCGUGGGCGGUGAUCCUACACCCGAGAUCCUCUGGCGUCGGAACGACGGAAAGAUGCCGAUAGGUCGAGCGCACAUCUUGGAUGACAAGAGUCUGCGAAUCGAAAGGGUGACGCCACAGGACCAAGGCACUUACAUUUGCGAUGCCGAGAACGGCGUUGGUGCUAUAUCCGCGAGCGCGACUUUGACCGUACAUUCAAGGCCCGUGUUCACCAGUUUUCCAAAGGACGAGAUAGUCGGCGUCGGUUCGAACGUAUCGUUUUCUUGUGCGGCGCGUGGUGCGCCGAAACCUUCAAUCUUUUGGACGCGCGAAGGCUCCCAGGAAUUGAUGUUCCCCGGAAACGAGUAUCAAGGUCGAUACAAAAUCGUCGAAGACGGAAGUUUGCAGAUCAGAGGAGUCCUCGGGAAGGACGAGGGUCAUUACGUCUGCAGCGCGAUCAGUCAAGCCGGGGCUAGUACGGCGACGGUUUUUCUUCAGGUUACGUCGAUCGAAGAAGCUCCACCGCCCAUAAUAGAAGUAGGAGCGAUGAAUCAAACUUCGCUCCCUAAACGAGACGUUUACAUGCCGUGCCGUGCUUUCGGAAGACCCGCACCGAAGAUCCGAUGGUACAAGAACGACGAGCAGUUGCCGCUGCGCCGACGAUCCACCAGCACCGGAGAAGAUCGAUUCUUGAUCGCGAUGAACGGAACUCUGACCAUAAAAAAUGUUCAGUUGGCCGAUACAGGCAUGUACAAGUGCGUCGCAUCCUCCGAGUCGGGCAACACCUCGUGGACCGCCAGUUUGACGGUUAGCCCGUCGGCGGGAACGGGAUCGGGUACUAGUUAUCGCGGAGCUAGCGGCGGCGGUUACCCGGACCUAUCGCUGCUUCCUGCGAGUCCGAGUAAGCCGAGAAUAGUGAACGCAACCAGCGACGCGGUCACGCUCACGUGGAGUCCGGGAUAUCAGGAAGGCGUAGCGAGCAAGAUAAUCGAUUACACUGUCGAGUAUUUUGCUACGAAUCCGAAGACCGGUUGGAUUGUUGCGGGGACAGGAAUCACGAACGAUAUCUAUACGGUAACGAACUUGAAGCCAGAUACGAGUUACGUGUUCGUUGUUCGGUCCCGAAAUGGUUACGGUCUAUCCGCUCCUGGCCCCUUUUCGGACGUUGCACGGACGACCAAUCUCGAUCAGCGGCACGCGAUCCCGCAGACUGAAUUGAUUCGAGCGAGAGAUCGUCUCAAUAACGACAUACUUUAUUUGAAAGAUGUUCAACCGUUGAGCAGCACUAGCGUGAAGAUCGUGUGGGAUAUACUCGGAGCUGCGGAUUUGGUCGAAGGCUUGUACAUAAGGUAUCGAGAAGUGUCCGAUAAACCAGAGUAUCAAAUGGUUACGGUGAUGAAUGCCGGCGCGACCAGUUACGUCCUAACUAAUCUGAACAAAUAUACGCGCUACGAGUUUUUCCUAGUACCCUUUUACAAGACCAUCGAAGGUAGGCCAAGUAACGUGUAUCUGGCAACGACACUGGAAGAUGUACCCUCCGAUGCACCUGAAAACGUCCACGUUGGUAUGAUAAACGUUACCUCGGCGUUCGUCAGUUGGUCCCCGCCCCCAAAGAGCACACAAAAUGGACAAUUGAUAGGAUACAAGAUCCAAAUCAAGAGCAACAGUAGCAACAAGGUUCUCGGUCAAAUGUCAUUGAACGCGUCGACUACAUCGGUGAUCAUCAACAGCUUAACGAGUGGUGGAUCGUAUACCGCGCGCGUAGCCGGAUUGACUCGGGUAGGAAUCGGACCCUUUUCCGAGCCGACCGUGUUGAACAUGGAUCCGGGACAACUAACGCAGCUACCACCGCGAACGGAUCCGAGUCAAAGGAACGCGUCCGUCGUCGGUGAAACCUGGUUCCUUAUUCUAAUGAUAACGGUCGUGUUAACUGUUAUCGCGGCUCUCCUGGCCGCAGUUUAUGUUCGACGGAGACAAGCAAUGAGCAAACAGCUCGGCCAUUUGAACGUUCCUGUCGGUACGGCGAACGAUAUUUGUCAAUUGAAUAAGGAUACUCUGUGGCUAGAGCGGGGUUGGAGACCGACGAACAACACGCUUCAGGCUUCGUCGACUGACAAAGAUUGUGAGACGAAGCUGUUGAGCAAUCAAAAUCAGAUUGGGCUACCGCCUGGAAUCGUCGGGAUGGCCGGAUCGGAGUAUGCCGAGGUCAAUCUAACCACGUUUUAUAAUACUCGUAAACAGCAGAUGCAGCAGGCGCCGCCAGAACCGUACGCAACGACGACGCUUUGCAUGCCGGCUCGUAGCCCGGAUUCGAUAGAGACCACUGGCCGUAAGUCGAAUUCGAGCGAUUCCUGCUUGAAACCAGACUAUUCGAGUUUGGAUUCAAAUUUGGAUCGAAACAAAUCGACCGUCUCUCCGAGUAGCGACAACGCGAGCAGCGUUUACAAUGCCGACGAUAACUCGGCGAUGGAAGCGCAAAGAAGAAUGCACCCGCAAUACAGGAUGCCGCUGCCGAACGAGAACCAACCUCCGAAUUGGUGCGACAUGCUACCACCUCCGCCAGAACAUCCACCCUCGUUCGAGGUAUCCCUCGGUUCUUCCCAUUCCCGAACGCAUUCGCACGCGCAUCAGCACCCAUAUCAUCACCAUCACCAUCCCGCGUAUCCGAUUCAGCCGCAUCAGUAUCAGCAACAGCAUCAAUCGCACCAGCCCCAUCCACAUUAUCAGCAGCAGCAGCAGCAACAACAACAGCAGCAACAACAGCAACAUCAAACAGCAUUCAGCCCUCAUCUUGGGAAGAGAAGCAUCGAGAGACAAAACGAUCUGGAUGUGAUAGCUGGUUCCGGAUUAGCUCUGGGAUUAGGUCUGAGUUCGAGUUCGAAUUCGGGUGGCGGCGGUAGUGGUGACUGCGGGAGAUCCGUGUGUUCCGGAUCUGGAUCGAGGAAUUCUCAAAGUCCGCCGAGUCCUCCAAUCAGGGGAACAACGAACAAUCUAGGAGGAUCGAAUAUCGGGUGGAAUGGUCCGACCGGCCAGAUCCAACAACAAUCUCAGUCCCAAUCUUUCGAUAGCCCAAGAACGGAACAGAACAACAGCGGUCACCAGCAAAGCAGAUAUACCAGCUUGCCGCCGCAAACGAAUCCACCUUCGCUGCCCGUCUUCCCGCAAGCAUUCGAUUGCUAUGAUUCGUACAAGGAUAAUCGAGAGAACGAAUACGAGAGUGGUUCUCUCCUGUACGGUCAGCGAAAUUCAUCGCCGCUAGACGAUUACGAUUCCGCGUAUAGGCAUGCGAAUCGAACGGAUUCUCGACGAUCGGAACGAUCGUUCGGAUCGGGAAACGAAGAGAUUUAUCGGCGAAACGAACUUCAGAACUGCUCCGUCUAUCAACCCGAGAACGACGAAUGGGAUAGGAAGUCGUGCGAUUCGAACGCGCACUCGGAUAUCUGUUGUUCCUGUUCCGAGUCCAGUUGUCUGUACGGGAACACUAUCGAGCAGUACGCGAACGAUCAGUUCGCGAAUUGUCUUCACGGCAAGACGACGACGACGGCGAGUUUUCGGAAUCGAAAUGGCAGGAGUCCGCGUAGAAGAAACGUCAGAACCGUAUCGCCCACGUAUAGCAGCAGCGAAAGUAAUUACUCUUGCCUUCCACCGAGGCAAUCCGGAAGCGUGAGUUCGCAAGAGAGGAGGCACAACCGUGGGAAAGGUGCAACAGACAAAGUGGCUGGUUUUUCAAGAAUCGGCGCCUCAGGCAACGCUCAGCACAAUUCCUCGUGUUCGAACACGGUCAGCAGUUCGGGUAGUCAAAGGUACAACAAGUUGAACAACCUUUUCGUUGGCGGCAGCGGCAGUAGUGGAAACGGAGGUGUAGCACCUACGGAAUGCGGUCCACCGACCGAUCUCCGCGAUGGUUUAAGGAGGAGCCGGUAAAAGAAGGAGAAAAGAGAACGAUGUCGCGUCUCGCGAUUUAAAUUGAUCUAAAAUAAACGAGAAACGAUAACGGAUAGACGCCGAAACACGACCGACCGCACACUGCCGACGAAACACUGCCGAACAACACUACUGCCGUCGCGAUGUGAUUCGAGAUGAGUAAAACAGCGUCACAUAAAGAAGAAAAGUUAACGAACGUGAAUUGAUCGAAAUCGUUUCGUAACUCGUGUAAAUACAAGAACGAUCAUCCAUCCGGACCGAAACCAAAAACCGAACUAACGGAGAGUACGAUUAACGAAAAGAAUGAGAGUGAAAUAAAAAUAAGAAAAGAAGAAGACGACGAAGAAGGAAGAGGAUUCGUUUUUGUAGCACGUUUACGCGUAGGGAUAAAAUAUCUAAAUUGAAAUUGGACGAAUAUAGUCGCGUAGAACGUAUAUUUUAAUUAUUCAUCGUGUUCUCGUUGUUGGACAGAUAGUCUGUUCAGUUUCGACUGUGUGUGUGUGUACGCUCCGAGUUUGCCAAACAUGAUCGGACUUAUAACGAUUGAUAAAUGAUCGUUCCAUAAGAAUCUAGAUUCCUCGUAAGGCUAAGAAUAAAAAUAAGAAUAAGAUGGGAAAGACGAGGAAGAAGCACGUUCGAAAGUGUACAUAAACUGGCAUUUAAAGUUUUCCACGACGAUAGGGAAACUAGUAUCGAUUACAGUUUUAAUAGUCGUUUAAAAAAUAAUAUUGUGCCGAAACUCAAUAACUCGCGACGUCCCUUCCAUCAAGAACGAGAUAGAAGGUCGCAGCGAGUAAUUGAUCGUUCGCCGUGUGCAGUGUACCGUGUGCUGAACCAUCCUAUCAAUCAGCGAAGAAAACGAGUAUGUAAUGACGUUAUUUUUCUAGUUUCUCACGAUCGCGCGAUUGUUACGAUGGUUCGCUUCAAACUCCGAUCGUAUGUACAUAUACAUAUACACAUGUCGUGUUACGCGCGAUCGCUUCGAGUCGAACGAAAGAUACGUAUAUAGGUCGCGAUUCGCGUAUUCCUUCCUGUCGAAAGAGCUUGAUCGUUGAUUUGAAGUUUUUUCCACAUUCGCGUUUUACGUUCCUGGAGACUCGUCGCUUUCACCUUGCGAGUACAUCGCGCUCGCGUAAUUUCUAAACUCCGAUUUGCAGUACGCUCGUUCUCGCAUUCGUUGCAUCUCCGUUCGAUCUCUGAUUACGAAUACGACACCGCGGCUGUGCCGGCGACGGCGGCAAACCACGAUAUUAAACACGAAAUGCAACAAGAAACAUCGGAAUGCAUAUACUACAUAUUACAUAUGUACCGUCAUACGCAACAAACAUUUCCGUUCGCGAAAACCUAAAUCGAAUUUACAGUUUAAUCGUGUCGAAUUUGAUUCGUGCAUAGAGAGUACCAUGGUGUGUACGAAUAAUUAUGUAUGAACGUUACGGCUUACGUAUGAAAAUACGUAUAUGUGCGUGCGUACAUAAACGAAUCUCAAAGAGGGAGAAUAAGUUUAAAGAAGCUUUCACGAGUGAUUUCAACCGAUUUUUCGAUCGACCGAUCACUGCCAAUAGUCUAAUUACCGAGAAAGAUCGCGAAUCCGAAACCGCGAUCGAGCGAUUAGUGUUUGUGUGUGUUUGUGUGUGUUCGUCGUCAGAGAGAAAGAGAAAGAGAGCGUGGAAUGAAGAAAAUUUUGAUGUCGCGACUCGCCAUUCAUCGUCAUAUCAUUCAAAUACCGUUCGGAUCGAACGAUCCGCCAACGCUGAAUAAAAAUGUUCCGAUCAGUGCGAUUCGGUAAGUUUUAACGUUACUUGUACGAAUCUUUUAGAGUUUAAGGCUAAAUUUAAAUGCCAAGGCUGAUGAGAGUUAGUUAGCUUAAAUCUUCUUUGCGUUUUGUAAAUAACGAGUGCGCGCAGAAAGAGAGACAGGAGCAGGAGGAUUAGCGGGUAACAGAAAUCGUUCGUUCGUAAGCAUUUUCGUAGGCAAUAACUUAUUUAUUACGAAACAAACGAUCGUGUCUGAUUUGAACGCGUUAUCGAAAAGUAAAGUAAUGAUGAGUAGAUGAAUCGAUGCGUAUGCGGAUUAAAUAGUAAUAAUGUAUGUAUAUGAGUACGGGCGAACGCUCGCGCACAAAUGUAGAUACAUAAAUUAAAAAGUAAUAAUAAUUACUUACUGUCAAGUACUACACGUAUGCGUAUAAGACGAUAUACAAGAGCGUUACAUGAUAUACGAUGAGUAACGAUUAUUAAUAAAAAGGAAAAAAGCAAAAAAAAGUAAAACGAAGAAACGAACGGUAUUGAAAUUUUGACCAUUUACCGUACCUUUUACGACUAGUUCUACAUUUACGAUUCUAGUUAGAAGAUGUAUGUUCGGUUCGAAUCUACACUUAACGGACGAUCGAAGAGAGGGAGGAACAACACGUCCGGACAAGAAACCUUUAGCUAUACGAUUUCGUCGGUUUUUCUUUCUAACGUUUAUUUUUAUCAAAUAUAUCGUAUCAUUAGGUAAAUAUAAAAUCGUAAAUGUAUCGAAACGCGAACUCUUGCAUGGUCGUAACUAUCCGCAACCGCCUUUCCCGCAACAAGAGCGUUUGGGUGGUCGAUAUCCUCUCGAACCAUCGCCCAUCAGUGGAUUGUAUUCUAUGAAAAUUAACGAGAAUGUUGCAUCGGUCGAUCGCUAGUUUUUUGAGAUGGCUGUUUUGUACAUUCGAAGUAUAUCGCGUGUACAUAGGCAUGUAUAAAUUAUGGACAUAUCCACGAACGUAUACUA